CUGUCAUUUCUUGUUAUGAAGCUCUGCACAGGUGGGAAGAGGAGUUUCAGCAGUAAGCUGAUUCUUGAGAAACAUAUUCAGGCUCAGCAUGGAGAUGACAGAGGAGCAGCCAGACAGAGACAGGCAGUUCCUGGUAUCACAGAUGCAGCUGACAGCUCGUCUGAACAUGAUGGUGGUCCUGGCACUUUAGGCGGGGCCUCAGUUGAAGCAGAAAGCCAAUUGGCUGAGAGUAGCCUGACCAGGCCUGGCAGAGGAGCUGCAGCUGAGGAGCAGGAAGCCGCUGGAUUCCGCUGCAUGCCGUGUGGCUUUACCACAGAGCACAGAGAAGAGUUUCUCCAGCAUAUUGUUUGUCACCGUGACGGGGGGAGCAGCUUUCAGUGUCAGCAGUGCGGUGCGUGUUUCGCAUCCUCCUCCUCUCUCAGCAGGCAUCUCUUCAUCAGCCAUCGAGUGCGUGAUUCCCCCUCCGAGCAUGCCCGGGCGUCUCCUGUCACUGGUUCAAAUUCUGUGACCUCUGACUCUGCAGUUGCAGCAGGGUCCCCAGGGUCACCCUCGAGUGUAGGGGGGACACAGGCGGAGGAUGGGGAAGAGGCAUUAAAAUCAGGAAACUUGCUGAAUAGUUGCUGAUCUUUAGAAUGAGAACAAAAAAGUGCCUUCUUCAUUUAGUCUAAGGUUAAGAUUACUGUUAAAGGCUGCAGAUGAUUUGAAAGAGUUGAGUUAUUUUUAUGUUUGCGCUGGAAUUAUGUUUUAUUGGUGCCUUGCAUAUCUUGUCUACUGGUUUUCUUUUUAAAGAUGAUUAAUAUAGAUGUGUUUUACUGUAACCUCCCGAAUUUUUCUGACUGUUUCAUAUGGCUUGUGUUGAGAUAAAUAAAAAACUGUAGUGGCUAAAUUACUAUUC